UUGUAGAACAGCUGCUAGCAUACCAGUUUUUUAGUCUGAGUGAAAUUUAUUUGUCUUUAACAACUUCUUCAACAAACAGCAAUGAAAAUUCAUUUUCAGAGUGAAUGACCUGCUUUGUUUGAUGAGCCUGACAAAUGGCAUGGAAAACCCUGACAUUAUAACAUCAUUUCCAUGUCACUUUUAUCAUCAGAAUGUUCCCUCUGAUUGUGCUGUGAUAUAUCACCAAACUAGUUUAUUUAGUAUAAAGUAUGCCCAGCUUUAGUCGGCACAGAAAAUUCUGUUAAAGUAAAUUGUAUUUACAUAGUGUCAAACACUUUCCACAUUGUGUCAAGAUGCUUUAUAGAAUCCAGAGCCUGAAACCCCCCAGAGUCACUAAGGUGACAGUGUCCUAAAAAAAUCCUAACAGGAAGAAACCUUGAUCAGAACCAAACUCAUACAAACAGAAGAGGGAAACAGAGCAAAAGAAAAGGAAGCGGUGCGGGAAGAGAGAACAGCAGAAGCAAGCUAACUGAGAGCAUCUAAGCAAAAUAUACAAUAAGCGUGGCAUAAAAAGCAAUAUCUUAUCAAGAGUAUGUGAGACUAGAUCAAGCAUGCUGCAGAGCAGACUAGUUAACUGACAAGCAGUUAUUCAUGACCUUAAAAAGGUGCUGGAAAACCUGCAAUAUGGCUGAAUUAAAGUAAUUCUGCAAAGAUGAGUGGGAAGGUGACCCAAGUAGUGUAUUGCCGACUUGAGUAAAAGUGAUUUUUUUUUUUCUUUCUGAAAGUUGUUUUCUAAUUCACAUUCACAGCAGUCAGGCAUGCAAUACAAGACAGGUACUUAACUGCAAAGGACUCCAAGCAUUUACAAACUUUACUUGACAUCAAGACCUCAAAAUACACCAACCACAACCUCAGUAAUGAAGACCCCUUUCUAUGUGGCAGGUGUUGCCAUCUGUAUAUGUACCCAUUCAGUCAUCCCUUUUAUCUUCACUCCCCUUUGAAACUUCUCGAUCUCUCCUCCUCCUUUCACUCACUUUCCAUCACUAGCCUACUGCGAUCAAUCACUACAUUCGCGCAGAAUUCAACUCUCUGCUAUCGGUCUCUGUUUACCUUCUUUCUGCAACUGGUUUUCUUGGAUGUUGUGAAGCAGAACUUUGUCUAGUUUAACUCCCAUUAAGGCACAUAUAUGCCAAGGAAAAACGAUUUCCAGUUGGUGUCUUAGUCAGAUAAGAAGUCCGAUAUUAGUUAGAGUAACGCGUUCACAUGCCCUUAGGUUGGGCCUUAAUCAAUUAAGGUAUUAAUUCGUUUUCUUCCCGUGCACAUAAACGCCUCCUCACUGUCACGUCUGUCUCUGUGUACUUCUUCUACUGGGUUGAACAGCCAGCCUAGGCUGAGCACUGCUGCCACCUAGUGAAUGGAGGCUCGUUUAGUGUUCAAGCAUGAAUAAAAACACCAAACACACUGAAAAGUACCCCCUGCCUCUCACACCCCACCAUUUGAGAAGUACUGGGAAAACUCCUCUGUUGUCGUUCGCAUGAGCAGAACUCUUGUAAGCUGCAAGACACAGGCAUGGUCUACAGUGGCUUCUGUAGCUUGAUUGUCACCUAUGUAUUGUGUACACCUAUGUGGGAUCUGUCUGUAAUUGUCAUGAAUACAAACGCACAUCCAGCUUCUAAAAGGUUUUUGAUAAAUGUCAAGUGGGUGGCUAGAACACGAAUGAAUGUUAGAGUGCUGCAAAGUGAAACAACAGCAGUGGAAAUGAAACAUUAUUUAGUAUGAAGCUUAAAAGGAUUUUAUGUUUUUGUUAGUUAGUGUCUGUUAGACACUUGUAACGGCAUCUUCAGAAGAUGAUGUUCAAAGUGCAGUCAAUUCAACAAAGUAUUGAGAUUUGCUCCCUUGUUUUUAUAAAACAUGAAAGCACCGGGUUUGGUCUUUGGUCCAUUAAGAGGGAAUGGCCAGUGGCCUCAGGAAGCUAUUGAGUUGACUAUGUGAUGGUGGAAUAAGACAAGAAUAAAAUGUGCACACACGUGCUAUAAAUUCAUGUUUCCAUUUUCCCUGUGAGAUGACUGAGAGGGAAGGUGGCGAUAUCAACUCCCAGGUGUUUCUCUUUUUCCGUCUGUCACCUUUCUUUCUCACCUUCAUCAACAUUUCCAUUUACCUUCCUCAUCUCAUUUCCUCACUCUGUUCAUGUCACUUCUGUAUGUCUUCACUCCUGUCUUCAGUCUUUGUUCUUUCUUUUACUCUCUCAUAAGCACUCCCUUGUUCUACUAAUCUUGACAUUAACUAUUUAUGAUUUACUCCACAGCAAGUAAUACUUUGAUAUUUUAGACUCACAUAAUCAUCACUCAGUAAUCCCAGUGUUUAAAUGCGGACCACACCACAAAGCCUUAAAUAUUUAAGUAUGCUGUUGUUUAGUGUCCCACAAUGGAUGUACAAAGCUGUUAAAAAACAGAGUGUAGAUGGUAGUGCAACAGCUCCAGAUAACAAACACAAGCUUUAAGCUUGAACUUAACAUUAUACUAAUGGGAAAUCCACCAUAACCUACAUUAAUUUGAUCAUGUUUGGAACUACAAGAGUGCUAUACCAUAUGUUAGGAUUUGGGGAACAAAAGCCACUAAUUUCACUUUCUCAUAACUCUAAUAAUUAUUCUGUUUUUAUAUGAAGUGCUUAUAUCCCUUUUAUUCCAUGCGUACACCACAUGUCAGUUUAUUUCAGUUGGACAUUCUGUUGCUAGUAGCGACCACUUCCUACUAGUAGCAGUUACAUAACAGCGAUUGUUAGUAGACUUCCAACAAUCUGUCAGCAAGUAGAUACUGCCAGACAUCAUUUAUCAACUCUCAGCACCUUUACUGGACAAUCACCUGUAGAGGAAAUCUUUGAGAGACCAGUGGCUGAUGGAAGGAGCUCCCUUGUCCCCAACCUCUCUGGAUGCCCUGAGCCCUCGUUCCCCUCUGCAGGGCACCCUGAACCAGGAAAUGGAAAAUCAGACUGACAAGUCACAGUCAAAGAAUCAGCAGUUAUCAGAGGAGCAAGAAAAGGUGAAGGAAGAGAUGGGGUACAGCCAAAUGGAUGCUGUGGAAGUGGCAGAGACAGGAACAGAAAUGGCCCUCAAUAUCGUGCAGAAUGGAGAAAACAAUGCAACAAUAUUAGAAACAAAUGAAAAUGAAGCCAUGGUAAAACUAAGCCCCCCUCUGGAUGAAGCUCCUGUCAUCCUGACUAAUGGUAGGCGAGACUUGGAGGUAAAGACUGAUCACAGCACUUCAGAGCAAAAUAUUCAGUCAGCUACAAAUGGACUGAUCGGAAGUACUGAGGCUGUGGUUAGCAUGAAUCUGCAAUCAGGGCUGUGUGAUUCUGAGGUCGAGCCUGGUGGGGUUCCAAAUGUCCAUAUUAGUGAGGAUGAAGAAGAAGGGACUCUGGUGAUGAGAGCCGAAUGUGUGAUCAUCACAGAUGAAGGGGAUGAAGAGGAUGUACCUGAGGAGUUUACAUCUGAGGGAGAUGAGCAGGAGUCCAGGCAGUUAGGCAAAACCCCUCUUCCAAAUCCAGAAGCAGGUGGACAGGAAGCAGAGGCAGUGGAGGAGGCAGCAAAAACAGAAACUUCUCCAGAAGCUUUCACUGAAUCAAAGAGGAGUGUGGUAACUGAAGGCACUACAGAGGCACAACCAGCAACAGGAGAUGAAAACACUGAAGACUGCACAAAGGAAAAUGGAGAUGAAGAGACAAAAGCUGAUGGCCAGGAAAAUCAGUUGGAAGAAGCCUCUGUGCAAAUGCAGUCCCCUGCCUGUGCUGUAGAGGACACUAUGGUGGCUCCGGUGCCAGUCUAUUCGGAGGUGCCACCCUCCACUAUCAAUGCCAAGGUGCAGGCUGAGAGUGAAGCUUCGGUAGCACCAGAGGGAGCACAGGCAGCAUUAAAAGCCCAAGACCCUGCCUGUCUGUCUGAUCAGUUCCAGGAGGUCUCUCUGACUGAUCCCCAAGAUAAUCAAAGGACAGAAGCAGGGCCAGGGGAGCAGGAGCCCCUUCUGUUGGAAGUCAAAGCCUCCAACACUAAGGCAGAGGCAGCAGGAGAGAACAGUGCAGCCAGCACAGAGACACCGAGCCCAACCAGAGCUAGCCAGGGAGAGGAAACUUCAGCACCCAAACACAAAACCUGCCAGUGCUGCUCUGUCAUGUAAAUGUCCUCUGUACAUUCAUUGCCUCUUCAGUCUGCUAUUAUCAUUCAGUCCAUCUCACCACUGUUCAAUUUCUAACACAGAUGUUCCCCUGUCUCUUUAUAUUAUGUAUUAUUAUCUAUCAGUUUACAAAUCAGCAUUUCCACAAGCUGCUUCCCUUUCCUCCAACAUCAUCUGUCAGCAUUCAUUGGAUUCAUCUGGAAUGUCCUCAACACCAGUUUAAACCUUUGACACUGUAUCAGUUCUGUCCAUCAAAAAGAGAGGGGUGUUAUGGACUGAAUCAGUUUCAACAAGAGGAGCUCACUACCUGGGGGUGAACUUUUAAAUUCUCUUUACAUAGCAUGGACCAAAGCAUAAGGUGAAUUUUACACUGUCUGAGUUCGAUGUCAUUUUGUAGGUUGGCAGACGAGCCAGCCAGUCUACAUAAAGCAACAUUUAAUGAUACAGACUUAAUGUGUAUUAUUUUAAAUUGUGGUAUCUACAUGCAUAAUCCAUCUAGUAAUUUUCAGAAUCCAAAUAUGUGACUGGAAAAUGUCAGAAGAGGUUCAGGGAACAUGUCAGUCUAAUUUAAUCACUUUAAAGCUGUAUCAUUUCAUAGAUUUUUGGACUUUUAUUGCUAUAUUACUUAAUCCAAGUACAAUAUAGAGCCUGGCCAUUUUUAUUUACUCAGUCAGUCCACAGACUAAUUUAUAAACAGAGUGUACCAUUGAAUAUUCUUGGACCAUUAUAUUUUAAAAGAGAAAUUAUUUUAAAGUACCUGGAAAGUAUGAGUUUGUAUUUUUACCACAGGUGUUUUAGUGGAGAGAGUCCAGAGCUUCUGACAUGGCUCUGUGUAUGCAUGUAUAUACGCUGUAUACAAAAAGCUUGUGAACAUUUUCAGGUUUGAAAUGAUGACUGGUGAAUAGUUUAAUGAUUAAACUGGCAUUUGUGAUACAUAA